AUGGAUACCCUAAUCAACAUCCUGUCAUCACACCCAAGUGUCAAGUUCGGCGCUCUCCUGCUCGCUUACAUGGGCCUCGUCCGCCACCUCCGCUAUCGCCGAAUCAACGCCCUCCUUCGCAAAUACCCAGACCCAACCAUCCCCCUCCGCAACCUCUCCAUCGCCUACGAAGUCGCCGCCAACGUCGGCGAACUCGAUUUCCCAUAUGUGAACGUCGUCGCGCUUGAAUUCGCCCUCUUCAAGACCUAUGCCAUCCCCUCCAUCUCCAAGAUUCUCGCCGCCACGAAACAGUUCACCAACCACUGUCUCCGUCGCACCGAUGAUACUGUCUUGAUUCUUCUCGAGAUAAAUGAGGGGCAUUCUAGGAACGUCAGGAGGACGAUAUUGGAGGGUGGGAAGGUUGACGAGGAGGAGGUGGUGAAUGAUGAGAGGCGCAAGGUGAUUGCGGCAGAGAGAUUGAACUUUCUGCAUGGACACUAUAACAUCAAGCAGGACGAUUACUUGUAUACCCUUGCAAUGUUCAUUCUCGAGCCUGCUGUCUUUAUCGACAAGUUUGAGUGGCGAGAGACCACCCUCCUCGAGAAAAACGCACUGCUGGCUGUCUGGACUUUCAAUGGAAAGAACAUGGGUAUCAAGGACAUCCCCGAGACUCUGGACGAACUCAAAGCAUGGGCCGAUGCAUACGAGGACAAUCUCUCACAAUAUGACCCUGCAAACACAAUCAUCGCCGACGUAACAAUGGACAUCUUGCUGGAUCACCAAGCCCCUAAAUUCAUGCACCCCUUCGGUAGAAAAGCCAUCAGCUCCCUCUUGACACCACGCCUCCGUAAAGCCUUCGACAUGCCCGCACCACCCGUAGGACUGACAACCAUUAUGGAGUCCGCCCUCAAGGCCCGCGGACUGUUUAUCAGAUACUUCAUGCUCCCCCGUAGAUUGCCCAGGGUCCGGACAGCGUUGAGGGCGAACAAGGACGGAAAGUAUGUUCCUGCGUUCCACAAGUAUGGAGUUGUUUAUGGAGAUGGAUAUAGAGUUGAGGAUUUGGGACCGGAGAAGUUUGUGGGCAAGUGUCCUAUUUCUUUCCAUCCUUCGGGAAUUACUCCCGCCUCUGGACAUCCUUCUUCACUCCAGGAUCUGUAA